AAUUAGUUCAGUGUAUUACUAGAAAGACUAUUCGAUACUUUGUUAUGAAACUUAAAGCUCAUUCAAAGACCAUCAUCCACAUGUAAAACUGCAUCAAUCGAUUCAUAAUAUUAUCCUACUAAUAACCAUACAAAAAAACGAAACACAAUGCCAACAGUCCAACUUGAAGAAAUUGAAUUACAAGAAUCAGGGCAAACCACUAGCACUCAAAUAGUACAAAAGGUGGACGAAGUUGCUCUUCAAUCAACAUCCAAUAAUGUUGCCACUUCCAAUUUGCUCGCUGUUCAUAAUGAUUAUACUCAAUUGUCUAGUGUUGGAUCCUCUGUUGGAUCGUCAGUGAUGAAAUUUCAACAACAGGAAUCUGCUAUCAUCACUGCUGGAAAGGCAAACUCAACUACUGGUCUAUCUGUUGGUGAAUCAAGAUCUGCCAUUUCAAAGAGAACUGCCACAUCUCUGAAAACAUCAAAAACUAAAACAUCCAGAACUUCUACCUCUGUUAGGUUGCGUACUUGUUGUGGUACAAUUGAAUUGAACUGUGUGAGAUUAAUAUCCUUAAUCGGUAUGAUUGUUAAUAUUGUUGCAUUCUUUGUCAUUCUAGCAAUGACCAUCCAAACAUUCGUAAUUACUAGCGCUCCAGUUGUUGACAUGUUGGUCAACUUUGGUGAUGUUCAAAUUGCUUAUCAAGAAACUACAAGUAGUGUCUACAAGGGAGUCAUUUUACAAAGCAAUGAUACUGCCUUUUCAUGGUAUUCCAAUAAGGAUCGAUUGAUAGAUUCCUUAAACCAAUUACUCACACUAGUUCCCGCAGGAACUGCCAAUGGAAUUCUGAAUGGUUCCUCUGAUGCACAAUCUCUUCCAAUCCUUGCCACUCACAAAGCAAUCAUUGAUACUGUUGUCUACCUGGGUGAUUACAAUGCCAGCUCUGCAAUGAUGCAAAGGAACAUGUCCAAAUCGACAGAAAGAUGGGACAGAGGAAUGAAGUACUUUAUGGAAACAGUUUCCAAUUUGGCCCAAAGUCAAUACAACAGUAUCAUUUCCUCCAUGACAACCAAUCUUGUGGUCAUUAGUGUUUGUCUUGUGGUUGCAAUUCCUGUAUGCAUUGGAAUCUUUGUCAUGACCAUCAAGAGAGAAAGAGAACUCUCCGAAAAGUUGAAACAUGCCAAUAUUGUUCUGCUGAUGAAUACUAUGGCUGAUCCAUUCUUUAGGGAUUUGUUUGGUGAUUAUUGCAAUUUACACAAACCUUCCACAUAUUCUCGUUUCAAGUUACUAGAAAAGUUGCAACACAUCAAGAUGAGUAUUAGAAAACUCAUUACACUCUCAUUGCAUCGUGAUGAUGCCAAUUCCAACUCGAGUUAUGGCAAUUUGGAUUCACAAAUAUCAUCAUCAAGUUUAAGCUCCACCACAACAAUAGGAGAAGGUGAAGAAGAAGUUUCCAUCCGUAGAAAACUCUACAAACAUUUGGUCGAAUUGAAUGAUGAAUUUGUUGAACCUCAGACUGUUGCUGCUUCCAAGAAGAAGAAUUUGAAUAAUAAUAUUCAUCUUGAUGAUUUCUUCAAUAUCAGACACAUGAUAGAAGACUUUGAACCAAUAACAACAACAAACAAUCAUCAUGGAGGAAAUGACAAUAAUCAUAAAGAAUCAACACCACUCACUCCUCACACUCCCUUCUUCCAAUUCCAAUCCUCUCUGCUGACUGCCUCUGUAGCUGGAAGCUCUGCAGGUUCUUCAUUGUUGGGUGGAAGUACAUUGCUGGGUGCUGGAAAUCAACAGGCCGGAACAAGUAGUAGCAGCUUUGGAAGUGUUAUGAAUGGAGGUAAUAACAAUAGAAAGAAACAAACCAAGCUAGAGGUCUAUUCAAAUUUGGUGGAUCAGGCUCAAGGCUAUGUCGGUGAAGGUUUGUUGCCAAUUCACGAUAAGUUUAAAAAGCAAUUACAAUUCCCUGCCAAUACUAGAAAGCUCAUGUUGAAGAAUUAUCGAAUCAUGUUCAAACAAGAGUUGGAAACGCUGUUGCAAACAAAGUAAAUGUUGAAAGGUUUGAUGAUGAAGUAUUUUUUUAUUUUUGAUAAAUAAAUUUUUAAUUUCGUAAC